AUGUCGUUUCAACAGGUCGCUGGCCUGCUCGGGAACGCGUCGCAGGAAGCGAACGCAGAGACACGCGUCGAGCUGCUGCGGCAAGUGCAGGACCUGAUUCUUCACAAGAACCUGACUCUGCUCGAGAACUUUAUCGAGGAGGUUCUUAAUUACAUCCACGAUCCUCAAGCUGUAGUCAAGAAGUUUGUUCUUGAAUUUAUCGAAGCUGCUAGCAAAACACUCCCAAGCAUCCUCCCUCGCUUGAUUGAUCACGUGCAUUUUGCCUUCUUUUCGUGCGUGGCCGCGGAUGCAGCUGCCAACAAAGUGUCGACAGAGGGUGUCUCGCUGGAGCAAAUCGGCAUUCUCCGGCGCCUCAUCCAAACCAUGCCAAAUUUAUAUCGCGCUGCAUUUUAUUUGACAUGCUGUCGGCCUCCAGCGCAGGGCGCAGCGCCUGUUGGGACCCAAGCUGCCGUGCUCGUUUCGCCCGAAGUGGAACGUGCUUGGACACGCGUCAAUGCGCUCAAAUCGUCCAUUCUUUCGCUCGUCUACGACAAGAACGAGGGUGUUCAAAUGCUCGUGCUGAAAUUUGCAGAGAUGGUUGUCCACGUUCUUUCGCAUCACACGCGGGAAUCGGAACGCCGCAACCAGACGGUCAACUACCAGCCCCCACCACUGCCGUCCAUCAAUGUCCCCAUGCCCGCCAUUGAUGACGAAGUUUGCCUGGAUUUUGUGCCGCCACACCAUCCAUUGCUCCGUCUGGAAGCCCUUCGUGAAGAGGGGCAGCGCCUGUUCAACCUGCUCGUCUCCAUCACCCAGUCUCAAACCGUCUCCUCAACCAAUCUGACCGUCGUGGUUCUUUCGCUCUCUGUUGUGGCACGGCAACGGCCCAUGUUCAUGCCCCACGUCAUUGCUACGUUGUUGCCGCUUGCGACACGCGAGGGAUUGCCCAAGGCGUUUGCGACCGCCAUGGUCGCCAGCGUGCACAAGCUUCUCCGCAACCAAUUAUUUAACUUGUUAAAGCAUCCAGCGUCAACCGAAUACCAUGUGGACAUUGCUGACGCUCUUUAUACUCUUGGCGCCAAGCGCAUCGAAUACGAAGCGUACCUGCGCAAACAGUCCGGCAGCUCGUCCGGCAAACGGCCACUUCCUCCCUCCAUGGCUCCGCUAAGCAUGUACUCGGAUGCCGCUGCGGCGACGCAUGCUGCCAAGCGUGCGCGGUUUGAUCCCACCUGGCCGUCCCAGCUGAGCUCUCUCUUUGGUGCCUUCAAUGCCGAGAACCUGCAGCAGUUCCCGCUUCGUCUCGUGAUUGAUCUCGUUUUUCAAACCAUGCAAACACUUCCCGACUCGCUUGCCGAACUAGAGGCGCCAACACCUUUCGCCGCUGCACCUUUCGCCGCUGCCACAACAGCUGCUGCCUCUGCCGGUUUGCCAUCUUUGGGAGCCGAAAGUGUCAAGGCGGAACCGACAGCCGUGCUGGACCCGGUGCUCAUCCGUCAGCCCGCUCUCAAGCCACGUCGAGUUGCUCCAUUUGCGCUAAAGCCAUCCGACCCCACGCCGGAGCAGGUGCAGGGCCUGACGAAAGCCAUCUUUGCACGAACUUUGGCGAUUGAGGCGUCCGCCGCUUCUGGUGGAGCUGCAUCGCUCCGAAGCUCGCUGCUCGCCAGAUUGCUCAGCCAACCCGGCAACCUCGCGUCGCUUUUGCAACUCAUCUCUCCCUCCGACCCGACCUCUGCUGAAGCGCAGGAGGUGCUGCCGCUGGAGCAACAGCUCAUCGACGCCAUGGUCGAGUACAUUGUUGAAAAUGUUCGUGCUCGCAUGGAGCUCGCCUUUGGCUGGCUCUGUCACGAGUACCUUGGUGGAGGUGGUCCUCUCGCUGCGAGACUUCGCGGUCGGCUGCCUGGUCGAGGACUCAAACGUCCAGCGGUCGACGACAACUCUAGCGACGCUGAGGGCAUCACGCUAACUCGUGCAGUACCGCUUCCUCGUCGUUACACCCGGUGUCUCAUGGCCCUUUUACAUGCGCUUCGCGAGAAGCUAGAUGUUCGAGAUCGCUUGUUCACACGCAUUGUGAUUGAAGCGCCGGCAUUCACCCCGGAGGUGUUGGACUUGGUGCUCGAGUACUGCACUGACAGUGAGCGGUCCAUGCUGGGCUUGAGUACGCUUCACGACCUCGUUCUGUAUCGCCCUCCUUUGCGGAAGGUUUGCCUCCAAAAACUGCUCGAGUUCUCGCGCAGCGACCAGCUGGAUUUGCGUCGGGCCUCCAUCCAACAUCUUGUAAAGCUGUAUGCGUCCAGCACCUUUGCGCCUGUCGUCGAAGCCUUUGCUCUCGAAUCCGUUGCCGGCUUGGUGAAGCUUGAGCCUCGAGCGGUUGCAAUGGCGACUGAUCAGGACGAUGGCGCGGACACGGCGCAAGCUCCCCGCGAAAUCUCCGAGGAAGAUGUGAUGACUUGCACAGCAUUGCUGUUUGCCCUGUGUGCCAAGUCCCACUCCUUGUUGUUAGAGUUUGCCAAAAUCUACGCUGAAACAUCAGCUCAAGUUAAGAGACCUGUGCUCCGUCAAAUCGAGCCAUUGUUUAAGCAAAUUGGAAUGGCGUCGCCCGUGGUGCUGCAGCUGCUUCAGUCCAUCCCGAAAGGCGCAGACACUCUUGUUCACCGUCUGCUCCAUGUUCUUGCUGACACUGCACCCCCAAGUCGCGCCAUCGUGGCAGCCGUGAAGGAAAAGUACAACACUCAAGAACUGGAUGCCAAGUUCCUCAUUCCCAUUCUGGGUGGCCUGGACAAGACUGAAAUUCUGGCAGUGUUGCCAAGUCUGGUCGCGCUACCCCCUGCUCUCUCCAAAGAUGCACUGGGUCGACUUGUGGCGUCGCGGCAUUAUACCGAGACCGGUUUGUUGGUUUUGGGCUCCAAGGUGAUCUCGCCGUCGGACGUGAUGCUUGCGCUUCAUUUGGUGGAUCCUCAGCGCGAUAAUGUCACGCUUCCAGCCAUCGUGCAAGCGACCAACUUCUUGUUCACCUUUGGCAAUAUUUACACGCAAGAAGUGCUUGCGAGUGUGCUGCAACAGCUGGUGGAUAUGCGACCCAUUCCACUGCUAACAAUGCGCACCAUGCUCAAAGCGUAUGAUCUCUGCCCUGGGUUGCUCUCGUUUAUGGUGACACUGCUGCUGCGUCUCGUAGUUUUCAAGAUCUGGGAAGAUAAGCAUCCUCGGCAACUUUGGGAUGGCUUUGUGCUGUGCUGCGAGCGUCUGAAACCACUGUCGUUCCAAGCGCUGGUGUCGCUACCCCCGGCGCAGCUGGAGACGGCGCUGACAGACAAGCCCUCCCUUCGAGAACCACUCACCCAGCAGGUGCAGUCGCUGCCACCACAACAGAAAAUCCGCAUCUCGACACCCGUGUUGGCUGUCUUGGGUUUGGCACCUACCCAAGCACCUCCAGCAGCGCAUGCCCCGACGCCCGGAGUGCUGAUCGCAUCGAGCGAAGUGGCUGACGCAUCGUCCGAACCCAGUGAUCCACCUCCGACUUCGCCGCAGCCCAUGGCGAUGGCCACCUAG